AUGCAGUUGAGUGAGAGCAAAGAAAAGGAACUGGUAGAAAAAGUUGCGUUGAGAUUCGUUUUAUCUGACACUCCAGAGAAAUAUGAACAGGCAUUGAACACUUUUCUUCCACCAUUGUUGUUGAAAUUGGCCUCAUGCCAUAAUUCGGUAAGACAGGCCGUGUUUGAAAUUUUAAAAGAUGUAUUAUCAAGACUAAAUACACUGACAUCUGUGGAACUACCGGUUGAAAACCUAUUAGACCAAGCAAAGAAAAAUGAAGGCACAGAAGUGACGACCUCUAAUUAUAAUAACGUUAGACUAUACAGCCUCUUGUUUGCCUCGAGAGGUAUCGAGAGAAUUAGCGAUUACGAUCGUAGAAAAAAUUUGAUUCCAACAAUAAUCAAUGGUAUCUCUACUUUGCCUACAAUGACUUCAUCAAGAUUAUUUCAUAUUUUAUGUAAAAUAAUCUUGAAAUUGGAAUCUCCAUUAAAAGGAUCUGCAGAAGAAGAUGACAUGCGUCAAUUUUAUAAACCUAUAAAUAAUACUGACAUGGAAUUUGUAUUGUCUUAUUGUACCAAGUUCUUCUUGUUAAACCCUGCAAAGCCAGAUCAAAAUAGUGGGAUCAUUCCAAGAGGGUACACUUGCCCAGGUUUAACCGCUGAUGAUGUUUCUUUUUUCACUUACAAUGCAGGCAUCACUUUCACCAAGGACCAAAUGGUAACAUAUAAAAGAAGUAUCUUCAAAUUUAUCACGCAUGGGUUUGUACCGGAUGAUCAACAAUUGAUAAAAUUCUUGUCGAUAGUUUCAACUGAUUCAACUGACAUUUCAGAUAAAGCUGUACAAAUGUUAAAGACUCUAGAAAUUUCAUAUGAAGAUUCUGAUUUCAUUAAUUAUUUAAUUUCAUUGUAUAUUGGUGAUACUAAGAUAGGCCGACCACCAGUCAAGCAAGAAUUACAAGAAAAAAUACUCACUAUUUUAAAUCGAAGUGUAAUUGCUACAGAAAAAGUACAACAAGUAUCAUUGAUUUGUUCCAUAGGUUUACACUCAAAAAGUUAUAAAUUAAGAUCACUUUGUUUGACAUUUAUUGGAUUUGUAUCUAAAAAUAAUCAUCAAAAUUUAGAAAUUUCACCAGUUGGCUCUAGUGGGAUUCAAGUUAGCAUAGCCUCAUUGAUAAGAAAUAAUUUAAAUACUGAAGGAUGGCCAAGGUUACAGCUAGGUGCAAACACCCCUAACUUUAGCAAUGCUAUAUUACAAAGGAGACUCCAAUAUGAAACAUUAGGUUUGCUGCUUAAGAAAGAUUAUGAGUUGGUAAAGGAUUUAUCCUUUAUUGAGUUCCUUUUUGAUUCCUUGAAGGGAGAUCUCAAUGAAUUUAGACCUAGUAUCCAGGAAACUUUGAACUCCUUAACCCCCCAUUUAUAUGACCUACCUUUGACUUCAAAAAAUAAGUUAAAGAAAUUAGCAGAAAAUUUUUUGAAUGAUGAUUAUCAAUUUGAAAUAAUAAAAGAUAAUGAUGAACGUGAUGCUUUGAUGGCCUGUAGAUACGUCUGUAUUAAAUAUAUCAAUGCUGCAUUUGAUUUUAAUGAUUGCCAAGCUAGAUAUUUCAAUAUCCUUGGGACUUCAAGAACGAACAGAUUUGAUAUAAUUGAGGAAUCAUACAAGGGAUUAAACCCCUAUUGGUUUAAAGUAUGUAAAGCUUCAAAUUCUAAGGAUUUCAAGAAAACUUCGGAGCUUUUAGGAAAUAAUAAUCAAAUAUUAAAGUUUCCUGAACUAUCUAGCAUUUUAAAAUUGCUCAUGAGUGAGGUAGAAAAAAGUAAAAAUAAUUCUUUUUUUGUCAUAAGGAAAACUUUGAAUACUUCUGUUCGUUUUAUUAAACAAGUAAUUAUAUCUAACGCAAUUUACGGGGAGAACACUUUUCUUGAUCAAGAUGAAGAUUGGUCUAUCAAAAUAACAAACGCAACUAAUGUUGAUCACAGAAUAUUUACAUUGGUCUCUAAUUAUAUCAAAGCAAUCGACUCAGAUGUGUUUAUCUCAUUCCUAAAUUUAAUUCAUAACGAAUUUGCUUUGAAAGAUAGUUCUAAUAGAAAAAUAUUUUUAUCUACCUAUCAAGAUAUUGAGUUUGGACAAACUCUGUUGUUUUUUUUACAAUUCUGUAGCUCAAAAACUUUGGCCAUGCUAAGUCAUCAAAUGGAAUCAUUAUUCAAAUUCAUAAAUGGUAUCGAUAUUCAAAAUGACAAAGAUUUACAAAUCGCUGCAAAUUGUAUAGGUAUCAUUUCUGUCGGUAAUGUUACAUCACCAUUCAUUAAGGAAAUUUUUGACACCUUGUUGAACAUAAAUAACAUUGAAAAGGCUGCGGACGUAAUUAUAACCGUAUCAUAUAUGAUACCAAGGUUAUAUUUGAGUAAUACUUUUGGCACAGUAAUGAAUGAAACACAUGUAAAAAUACUCUUGGAAUACCUUAUAGAAAAUAUAGUGAAUAAGGAUAAAAAAUUAGAUUUUAUAAAGUUGAUGGGUCAACUUAUCCGAUACGGUGUAAUUUCAAGCCUCUCUACACGCGCAAAGGAAACAUUUAUAAGAAACAUUAUAACUGUUGUUAAAGAUAAAAUUCAAAGAUCGGAAUCCUCGAUUGAACUAUUAGGAUACAUUUCGUUAUAUACUGACGAAUUUAAUUUAUCUGAAGAACUUUUUGAUCUCAUUUAUAGCUCACAUACUACAAGUCAAAUCGAAAUGUUAUUUACCGGAGGUGAAUCACUGUCUAUUCUUUCUGAUGGUUGGAUGAGCAGUUUCUUAGAAGAUAAUAUAGAUAUUCCUCAUUGUCAAAUAAAUCUUCCACAAUUAUUCCCAGGUUCCAAGCAAAUUAAUGUUUUGAAUAAAGUGUUAGAACAUUGUGAUAAUACUAAACCAAGCUUGAGAAAAGCAGCAUGUAUUUGGUUAUUAACGUUGGUAAAGUAUAAUAGAUCCAACCCAAUAAUCAAAGAGAAAUGUGAAAUCAUUCACAUGAAAUUCAUGCGUUUCUUGAGUGAUCGUGAUGAAAUUAUUCAAGAAUCUGCAUCAAAGGGUCUUUCAUUGGUUUACGAAUUGGGUAACUUUGAUGUGAAGGAAACUAUGUUAAAAGAUUUAUUAAGAUCUUUCACAGAUACUGCUGCGGGUGCUAAGUUAAAUUUUGGCUCAGUCUCUGAAGAAACAGAAUUGUUUGAUGCAGGUGCUUUAAGCACCGGUGAUGAUUCGAUUAAAACUUAUAAAGAUGUAUUGUCAUUAGCAUCAGAAGUCGGUGAUCCUUCCUUAGUUUACAAGUUUAUGAACUUAGCUAAAAGUUCAUCAUUAUGGUCAUCUAGAAAGGGUAUCGCAUUUGGUUUAGGUGCUAUUAUGUCAAAAGCUUCUUUAGAAAAUAUUAUUCUUGAAGAUAAAAAUACAGCAAAUAAAUUAAUUCCAAAAUUAUUUAGAUACAGAUUUGAUCCAUAUGAACUGGUAUCUAACUCCAUGAACGAUAUCUGGAAUACCUUAAUAAGUAAUUCCUCUGAGAUCAUUAAUUCAUAUUUUGACUUAAUUCUUGAUGAAUUAUUAGUUGGUAUGUCCAAUAAAGAGUGGAGAGUAAGAGAAGCUAGUUCUAAAGCUCUUCUUCAUCUAAUCCAAACUGUUCCAAAAGAAAGAUUUGCUGAUAAAAUGAUUGAUCUAUGGACAAUGUCAUUUAGAAGUAUGGAUGAUAUCAAGGAAUCUGUUCGUCAAGAAGGCACGAAGUUGACUAAUGUGUUGGCAAAGCUAUUAGCUAGAUCUAUUGAUAUAAAUAACGGUGUUAGCAAAGAAACAUCAGAAAACACUUUGAAAUUAAUUUUGCCCUUCUUAUUAGGUACAAAGGGUCUCAAUAGUGAUGCAGAAGAUGUUAGAUCAUUUGCUUUGAAAGUAGUGAUUGAUUUAGUUAAGAAUACUGGAUAUGCAAUGAAACCUUUUGCACCGAACUUAGCUUACGAGUUUACACUACUGCUUUCUUCCAUGGAACCUGAAGUCAUUAAUUAUUUAGCUCUAAAUGCAAAAAAUUUCAAAGUGGAUGCUACCGAGAUAGAUGCUCAACGUAGUAAUGUUGUAGCUAGCUCUCCUAUUUUUAACAUAAUUGAGAAAUUAAUAUCUAUGUCAGACGAUACUGUCAUAGAAAAUUAUGUUAACAAUUCAAUCAAAGCGGUGAGAAAAUCCAUCGGUUUACCAUCUAAGAUUGCAGCAUCUUCAGUUAUUAUUUUAUUAGUACAAAAAUAUCAGUCCGAUCUAAAACCUUAUAGUGGUAAACUGUUGAAAUCAUGCUUUAAUGCUGUAUCAGACAGAAAUGGUACUGUCAAUCAAUCAUUUGCAAAUACGUUUGGGUAUAUCGUAAAAAUUUCUAGUAUUGAUAAAGUAAUCAAGUAUUCAAAUCUUUUAGUUGAAAAAUAUUUUUCAGAGCAUUCGCCUGAGACAAAACUGGUGGUCGGAAAAGCUAUUUCUUCGAUGAUCAAAUACGCACCUUCGCAAUUUGAAAGUGUAGCAGGGAUAUAUAUUCCUCUAGUUUUUAUUGCAUCGAACGAUUCAGAUAAAGAAUCUGCUUUAAUAUAUGGUCAAAUUUGGACAGAAUCAUCAUCUCUUGGAUCUGGAACUAUUAAACUGUAUUUGGAUGAAAUUAUUAAAAUGUUGUCCGAAAACAUAAAUUCGACUGAUUUUUCAAUUAGAAGAACCUGUGCUGGAAGUGUCUCUAUUCUUUCUAGUAAAAUUGAUAAUACGAUAACAAAAGUGCAAGUUUCAAAAUUAUUUGAUAUUAUUUUACAAGCAUUAAAUGGCAGAUCAUGGAGUGGUAAAGAAGCCAUUGUAGAAGCAUUAGUGGAACUAACAUUGAAAUUUAAGGACACAUUUAAUGAAAAUGAAGAAUUAAAAUUAAAAACAGUUAAGGCAUUUAUUACAGAAAUAUCCAAAAAAAAUCAAGAAUAUGUUAGUAAAAUCAUAAUUCCUUAUACAAAAUUCAUUGAUAAUUACAGUACCGAUGAGUUACUUUCACAUUUAAUUAGUGUUUCGACUUCUUUGAUUGAAAAUCUAGAUUCUAUUAUUGUUAUUGAUAAUAAAUAUGAUAGUAAUUCAUCAGCAAAGAGAAUCAAGACACAAUCUGAUAUUACUAAGAAAUCCACCAGAGAGAAUGUUGAAAAAGAAGAAUUCAUAACCGAAUUAUUAUUAUCAAGUUCUAAUCUGUGUAAAUUCACUAAUGAGGGUGAGUAUCCUUACAGUUUACUAUUAUUUAUUUUCAACCUAGUUGAUUUACUAUUUAGUAAUGAAAAGGUUAUAUUUACUUGGAGGACUAACUUGGUCGCUGCUAAAAUUGGUUGUAAUAUUUUAGAUAAUUAUCAAAAUAAAGAUUCUAAUCCUGAAAUGUUUGAAAAACAAAUUGAGAAUUAUUGGCACAAAAUUUAUAAAAUGAAUUCUAAGAAUGAGUCAAUUGAAAAUGUUAAAUUAGGAUUAGUUCAAUUUGCAAAACUGAUUAUUACAAGAUUACCGUCAUUAAAAACCGUAAUUGAAAGAGAUUUGAUUGAUUUAACUGAAGAUUAUCUGACUCCAAGGGUUAUAUCUGAAAUUAAAGAAUUAAAUAUUGCAACCUCAUAA